AUGGCAAAAGCCCUUAGUGUCAGUUUCAAAAUAGACUCCGUACUGCAAGAGGCGUUUGGUAAAAUAGCAGCUGAGGAUUCUCGUCUUCGUGCGUUGGUCAUUACUGUUGAGGAUGAAACAAUGCGGCUCCGCGGUGCGCCGCUGGAAGCCACAGGGAACCAAAGUGAUGAUUUGGUCAAGCUGCGAGACGCCAUUACCGAAGACGGCUUGAGUGCUGCCUUUCUAAUUGUUAAACUUGCUAAAGGUGAAUUUGCUCAAAUAUCGUUUUGCUCAGAAGAUGUAAAACCAAAGGUGAGAAUGAUGCAUUCGUCGGGGGCGAUGCAUCUCGCCGAAGUUUCUGGGCUGCAGAAGCCGCCCUUCAAGUUAACGAAGCGCAAUGUUGAGCGCAUGGAUGACAUCUGUGAAUCACUAUUUAAAAAGGAAUCAGAGAGUAGUCGCGCUGAGCUCAUGACGGAGGAAGAGAAACUUCAUGCUGCCGUGGCUAAGCUGGAGGUGGCUCCACCUGUUGCCGUCAUGCCGGGUGUAACUGUGCCUAUAAGUGAGGAGGGAGUUCUUCUGCUGAAGCGUAUGGCAAAUAGUGAAGUGAACGCGGUAACGUUUGCGAUUGACAAGGAGAAGUUUGUGGUGGAAAAGUCACUUGAAGCUGCCGCGGCGGUGAGCGCUUUGACGGCUGCUUCACUCGCGGAUGAUGUUGUGGCCCUCCUUCCUGAAGGUCAGCCGCGUGUGGUGGUGAUGCGGUGUCCAACCGCAGAGGCGGGGGUAAUCAUCGUGAACGUGUGCCCACCCACGUGCAAACCUCGUGAACGUAUGACAUACUCAUCUUGCAGGGCCUCGUUUGUGCAACAGGCGCAACAACAUAACGUGAAGUGCGUGAGGCGAAUGGAAGUUGGUGAGAUGGAUGAGUUUCGUGAGGCCGUGGUGGAAGCAUUCGCGGAGCAAACCAGUGGAGACGGAAAACCGUAA